UUAGGUAGAUUCCGCUUAUCAUUUAUGUGCUUUAUGCAUAACAAAUAUUCCGUACUCUUAUUUAUUAAAAUUUAUAUUUCUCGAAAUUAUUUUAGUUUCUUUUCCUUUAUUUAGAUUUCUUUUAUUUAGUUAUCUUUAACUUACAUCAUUAUAUAGUAGAAGGGACGAUUUAAACUAUUAGAAUAAUAUUUUAUAUUACAACAUGGCUUCAACAAGUGGUUUACAAAGAAGAAAAAACGCUGGAGCUUUUACUUCAUCACACGAAAAUAAUGUACCAACAACACCAGAUCGAAGUUAUUCAGAGAGUGGUGUUAGGAUUGCAGUUGAUCCUAAUGACAUACUUGAUGAUGAAGAUAAAAAACAACCUAUUUUAACACUUAUGGAAGAAGUUCUCUUGCUAGGUUUAAAAGAUAAACAGGGUUACCUCUCAUUCUGGAAUGAUAAUAUUUCUUAUACGUUAAGAGGGUGUAUUCUUAUGGAACUCGCGUUUCGUGGUCGAAUAGCCAUGACUAAAGAUUCAAAUCGUCGAAAAUGUCCACUUUCAGAUAGGAUCAUAGAGGUCCUUGAGGAUAAGUUGACAGGAGAAGUAUUUUUAGAUGAAGCAUUAAAAUUGAUGAAAAAUAGUGAACCUAUGAGCGUUGGAAAUUGGAUUGAUCUAAUGAGUGGAGAAACUUGGAAUGUAAUGAAGAUUGGGUAUCAAUUAAAACAAGUACGAGAACGUUUAGCAAAAGGAUUAGUAGAUAAAGGGAUUUUAAGAACCGAAAAAAGAAAUUUUUUACUUUUUGAUAUGGCAACUCAUCCUGUUAGUGAUUCUUCGACAAAAGAAGAAAUUGUUAAUAGAGUUAUUAAAACUUUAACUCAUUCUAAUCAUUCUUCUACUUCUAUAACGUCCGAAACACCUUUUGGUAAUUUACGUACUAUAUCAAUGGUAUGUGCUGCUUACGCUGCUAAUGUAUUAGAAAAUGCUUUGUUACAGUUAAAUCAUGAAUUAAGAGAAAAAGCAUAUACAAAAGUUGAUGAAUUAUUAAGUGAAUAUUCUACUCAUCCUUUUUCUAAAAAAGUUAAAGCUGAUAUUCCUGAAGGAAAAGAAUUACAGGUUGAAGUUGUGUUCGCUGUUUUAAAUGUUUUUACAAAGAUGGAUAGUAUUUUGUAAAAAAAAAAGAAUCAUUAAUUUAUUUUAAUAUAUUUAUUACAUUUAUUAUUAUUUUUUUUUAUUAUUAUUAUUAUUUGGAAAGGAAUAAGGUAAAAUUUGAUUUGUAAAAAAA